GCGCUUCGACGCUCCUUCAAGUUGUCUACGCCUACGACCUCUUGCUGAGCGGCCCUCCGGUCAGGUUAUAACUCUGCGCGGUCGAUCCUGGGGAUCACUAUCUACUUCUUCACCAGCUACUGCAUCUCUAUCUUCACUCUGGCUUCAUUAACACGCGGGACUACACAGCCCGAGAUGCACAUACCGCCUGAGACGGAAGUGAUUGACCUUCGAGCUCCUUCGCCCACAGGCUCGUCACACCCCGAGGCUUCUGAGCAGGAGGCCGCAGCAGACAAUCUCGAUGGCACCAGAGAUGAAGGCACGCCGACGCCGCUGGGCGAGGGCACAGACUAUCCCGCACCAGCGAGUUCCAGUCUCUCGCUGACACUGACAGUGACAGGGCUCGACUCGGACGCCAUCCCCAGCCUGAGUACGCACGAGGCCCCCUCCUCCUCGCCCACUCCCCCUCCUGUCCCCGAGAAGGACCCCGCCCUCAUCUCGCGCCUCACCAUUACCCCCGCCAACUCCGACUUCGCGCUCAAGAUGGCGAUGAUGGGCCUCCGCCCCGCCCCGCCCCUCCCGCCCUCGCCUCCGCUCACCCCGCUCACCCCCGGCGCAGCCAAUACCAGUAGUGCAGCCCGCCACGUGAACGUGCGUCGGUCAUGGGCCGAAGAUGACCUCGAGACGGCCUCAGCUUCCUCGCAGGAUGACGGCUCAACAAGCCCGAGCACGAAGGAGGCGGCGGUACCUGCGGCGGACGACGCGGUGCAUGCGGUGUUUGGGAACGGGAUAGGUAAUGUUGACCCAGACCAUCCGCUCAGCCCGAGUAAGGGUGCAAGUGGGCAACAAUCGAGUCCGCCCCUUUGGGAGCGCGUCAACCCGCCUCCAGGCAACGGCACAAAUCCGUAUGGCUCGAGUCACACUCGCAUACACGACUUCUCGAGCACGAAGCCUCUACGGUCAAGACCGCUAGUGCCUUACUCGUCUUACUACUUCGGUCCACCUCCGCCAGAUGCUGCCUACGGUACCGAGCCAAUAGGUCAGAUCGGCCUACACCACCCGCGUGAAAUCGUCAGGAUAGAGCGCGACUACUCUGCAGGCGAGCUCCCGCAGUUCUCGCCAGUAUACCCUUUGGAGUUUGAGGGCCGGUUAACACCCACACAGUUCCUCGAGACCAUCAACGCCAUUAACGAGAUCCUGAUAUCCGCACAUAGCUUGAAGCACUCGUUUGUGGAUAACGCACUGUCGUUCUUCACGUUGCAGACCUCGAGGCUGGUGUUGGCAUCGCAUUACGACAAGGAAAUGAGUCGGCUACAACAGCUCAUCGAGGACGUCAACAUGCGCUCUUACAACCCCCGAGGUCUGAACAUUCUCUGGCCACGCAAGGUCGCAUUUCUCUUUCUCGAGAUUGAGUACUACGUGAGUCUCGCCUCGCUGGAUUGUGUCCUGACUUGACGCCCUCAACAUGCAUCUUCCUCAGUGAGUCAUCUGUACAUGUGUAUCACCCCGCCACUUGACGGCGCAACGCCCGCCAGCAUGACGCUGCCACUUCCGCUCGUUCCUACCCACACCCACCGUUGAUUCGUGUUCGCGCUGUUUCGCCUCGCGAUACACUUUGCAUACCAAGCUCACGCUGCAUAUACGAUAUCCCGGACCUGCUACCGCUGCAUACAGCUCGUCUAAUUCGCCCGCUGACGUUGAUGUUGAACAUUGGUGUCGUAUAUAGCUGCUCGCCCC